GAAAAAGUAGGCGUCAGUCAAUCCAAUCAGACAGUUUUUUGUUAUUCUGCUCAGUUUGUUCAGCGGAUAACUAGAAGCUACUCGUUUUACAAAUCUCCUCAAAAGAACCCAAACAAUCUACAGUAAAAUGUGUGACGAAGAGGUUGCAGCUUUGGUGAUCGACAACGGAUCGGGGAUGUGCAAAGCUGGUUUUGCCGGGGAUGAUGCACCGCGUGCCGUGUUCCCAUCGAUUGUGGGUCGUCCACGUCACCAGGGCGUGAUGGUCGGAAUGGGCCAGAAGGACUCCUAUGUGGGUGAUGAGGCACAGAGCAAGCGCGGCAUCCUCACAUUGAAGUACCCCAUCGAGCACGGGAUCGUGACCAAUUGGGACGACAUGGAGAAGAUCUGGCAUCAUACUUUUUACAAUGAGCUGCGCGUCGCCCCCGAGGAGCACCCCGUGCUGCUGACCGAGGCUCCGCUAAAUCCCAAGGCCAAUCGCGAGAAGAUGACCCAGAUCAUGUUCGAGACGUUCAACACACCGGCCAUGUAUGUGGCCAUCCAGGCUGUCCUUUCACUGUACGCCUCCGGACGUACCACAGGCAUUGUUUUGGACUCCGGUGACGGGGUCACCCACACAGUUCCCAUCUACGAGGGCUAUGCCCUGCCACACGCCAUCUUGCGUUUGGAUCUGGCCGGUCGCGACUUGACCGACUAUCUGAUGAAGAUCUUGACGGAGCGCGGCUACUCCUUCACCACCACCGCAGAGCGAGAAAUUGUGCGCGACAUUAAGGAGAAGCUAUGCUACGUUGGACUGGACUUUGAGCAGGAGAUGGCCACGGCCGCAUCCAGCUCGUCAUUGGAGAAGUCAUACGAGCUGCCCGAUGGACAGGUCAUUACCAUUGGCAACGAACGCUUCCGCUGCCCCGAGUCGCUCUUCCAGCCCUCUUUCCUGGGCAUGGAGGCCUGCGGCAUCCAUGAGACUACUUACAAUUCGAUCAUGAAGUGUGACGUCGACAUCCGCAAGGAUCUCUACUCCAACACCGUGCUGUCCGGCGGCACCACCAUGUAUCCGGGGAUUGCUGAUCGAAUGCAGAAGGAGAUUACCGCACUGGCUCCGUCCACCAUGAAGAUUAAGAUUGUGGCUCCGCCGGAGCGCAAGUAUUCCGUCUGGAUCGGGGGCUCCAUCCUGGCCUCGUUGUCCACUUUCCAGCAGAUGUGGAUUUCGAAGCAGGAGUACGAUGAGUCCGGCCCGUCCAUUGUCCACCGCAAGUGCUUCUAGACAUUAACGUAUUACACAUUUACACCGGGAGCAAGCGCAGAACCCUACCGCAUUUCCGGAAGAAUACAUUCCAUCUACUUUUUUACACUAUUGUACCCGUAAACCACAAUGUGUUCUAAUCAAAAUUCCAGUUCAUAUGUACAAUGGCCUCUAUAAAAUUGAAUCACAUCCGGCAUUACCAUUACUCCAAUGCAUUCCUACACAUGAAAUAACUGCUACUGAAGAAUAAAGCGAAACAAAAAUGAAAAAA